AUGCCAACCCUUCAUGAAGAAAGUGGUUUAGUAUUCUUUUUCUACUCUUCUGAUUUGGAUGAACCACCUCAUGUUCACAUAGAAAAACCGGAAAGAUUGGAAAAAAAUAAUCAACAACCCAUAUUUUAUCCAGAAGAGAAGUUAGAAACUUAUCCUUCAAUAGUGGGAAUAGAAUGUACUAAGGAAGAAAUUACUGCUUUUUUGGAGGAUGGUCGGAAGGUUAGUAUUCCCACCGAUUGA